AUGAGAAUGAAGCUGCCUCUGCUGUGCGCCGCGGUGUGCUGCACGCCGUGCUCCCGAUCGCCGCAACAGCAACUUGCUGUCCGCGGGCUGCGGCCGUCCUCGGAGCACAGCCUCUGCAGGCCAAUCGUGCCGCCGCAGAUUCAACGACGGACGACGCCAGCAGGCUUGGCCGGACGACGCGCAGGCAUCGUCGACGUCGGCGAGUCCGCCGUGCAGCGUCCGUCUCGGUGGUUGAGCGCUGUGCAGCACCGCGGAGAGCCGGGAGCGGACAAGGCUUGCCUCGAGGCUCUUGGCACGUUUAACACCGCGAAGCGUUAG